UUCUCUCACUUUCUUUCAUUUUUCUUCUCUCACAUACCCACCGGGGAAAUUGAAAGAAAAAAAAUCAUCAUCAAGGAACAUGAUGAUGAUGAUGAAUUACAUCCUCUGCACCCCAGCACUCCCAAAAAGCAUCAUCUUCCUCAUCAAAACCUUCCUUCCCUUAAAUUUACCUCUGUAAACAUCAAUCCCCUUCCAUCCCCACUUCUCCAUAACCAUGAAACCUUCCUAUGGUCUCCUCCUUUUUCUUUCCUUUUCCUUUUGCUUUCUUGGAAAAUCUGUAAUUGUCUUCUCCGCCUCCGCUCCUCCUCUACCUCUUAUUGCCCUCCUCUCCAUCAAAUCCUCCCUCGUUGGUCCUUUGUCCACCUUCAAGGAUUGGGACCCCAAUCUGUCUUUCUCCGACCGGAGUUACGAAAACCCAGUUUGGUGUUCUUGGUCUGGGGUGAAAUGCAACCGAACAACGUCUGAGAUCACGACGCUUGAUCUAUCACGGCGGAACCUCUCCGGAACUAUUCCAGUAGAAACCAGAUACUUGUCUAGUUUGAUUCACUUGAAUUUGAGUUCGAAUUCAUUUGUUGGGCCUUUUCCGUCCAUCAUUUUUGAAUUACCGCAGCUUCGAGUUCUCGAUAUCAGCCGUAACAGCUUUAAUUCAACAUUCCCACGUGGGAUUUCCAAGCUCAAGUUCUUGAGAAUCUUCAAUGGGUACAGUAACAGCUUCACGGGGGGACUACCUCAAGAAUUUGUGCAUCUACGGUUCCUGGAGCAGCUCAAUCUUGGAGGAAGCUACUUUGAAGGUGAAAUUCCAGCAGGCUAUGGGAGCAUGUCCAGGUUGAAGCUCAUACAUUUAGCCGGAAAUGUAUUGGAAGGCGUUUUGCCGCCUCAGUUAGGAUUCUUGGCCCAGCUAGAGAGAAUGGAGAUCGGCUACAAUAGAUUCUCCGGCGGUAUACCAGCAGAAUUUUCACUUCUAUCCAAUCUCAAGUACUUGGAUAUCUCAUACUGUAAACUUUCCGCUCCUCUGCCUCCAGAACUGGGAAAUUUAACCAAACUUGAGAGAUUGUUCCUUUUUAACAACACGCUCACCGGUGAAAUCCCAGGGAGUUUCAAAAAUCUCAAAGCUUUGAUAGGUCUGGAUUUAUCGGUUAAUCAGCUUACCGGUAAAAUUCCAGAAGGAAUUUCUUCUUUAACAGAGCUAACCUGGUUGAGUUUACUUGGCAACAAUCUGUCCGGCACGAUACCGGAUGGAAUCGGUGAGCUUCCAAACCUCAACACUUUGCUCCUCUGGGGCAACAACUUCACGGGCUUUCUUCCUCAGAAAUUGGGCUCCAGUGGAAAAUUGCUCCAUGUCGAUGUUUCAUCAAAUUCGCUCUCUGGUCCAAUCCCUCCGAAUCUUUGUGCCGGAAACAUGAUGUUCAAGCUCCUUCUCUUCAACAAUUUGUUCACGAAUGAGCUUCCAAGUAGCCUCGUGAGCUGCACGUCCCUUUCAAGAGUCAGAAUACAGAAUAAUCGACUAAACGGAACUAUUCCGACUGGGUUUUGGCGCCUGCCGAACCUGACCUUCGUUGACAUGAGCCGGAAUAACAUCAGCGGAGAGAUUCCUUGGGAUCUGGCCAAUGCACAGAGUCUGCAACACCUGAACGUGUCAGUGAACUCCCUCCAAGGCCCAUUACCGGAAAACAUAUGGAGCGCGCCGACUCUGCAAAUUUUCUCUGCUGCUUCUAACAAACUCAUCGGGAAAAUUCCGGAUUUCGUGGACUGCAGGAGCGUUUACAGUAUUCAAUUGCAGGAUAACAAGCUCAACGGCAGCAUUCCCUGGGACAUCGGCCACUGUGAGAAACUCAUCUCUUUGGGUUUAAGCCGGAAUUUGCUUACAGGAACAAUCCCGUGGGAAAUCUCUACGCUUCCUUCUAUUUCCGACGUAGAUCUUUCCCACAACCUGCUCACCGGCACCAUUCCAUCGAACUUCCAAAACAGUACCACACUCAUGAAUUUCAACGUCUCAUACAACUUACUCACCGGACCGAUUCCAGCAUCCGGCACCAUAUUUCCAAAUUUGCACCCGUCCUCAUUCUCCGGAAACGAAGGACUCUGCGGCAGGAUAAUAGCGAAGCCGUGCCCGGCUGACACUUUAGGCGCGGACGACGUCGAAGUCCGUUCGGGGCAGCAAGAACCCAAGAAGACCGCGGGCGCCAUCGUCUGGAUCAUGGCGGCGGCAUUCGGCAUUGGUCUGUUUGUUCUCGUAGCCGGAACUAGGUAUUUCCACGCCAACUACACCCGUAAAUUCAGCGACGACCGAGAAAUCGGGCCGUGGAAACUGACGGCGUUCCAGCGGUUAAAUUUCACGGCGGAGGAUAUACUAGAGUGUUUGUCAAUGACAGAUGAGAUCAUCGGUAUGGGGUCCACAGGAACCGUUUACAAAGCCGAAAUGCCAAGUGGCGAGAUCAUAGCGGUGAAGAAACUGUGGGGCAAGCACAAGGAGAACAUUUCACGGCGGAGAGGCGUCCUAGCCGAAGUGGACGUGCUUGGAAACGUGCGCCACCGUAAUAUCGUGAGAUUGUUAGGUUGCUGCAGCAACAGGGAGUGCACGAUGCUGCUCUAUGAAUACAUGCCCAACGGAAACCUCGACGAUCUGUUGCACGGCAAAAACAAGAGUGAUAAUCUGGCGGCGGAUUGGGUUACCCGGUACAAGAUAGCUCUUGGGGUGGCGCACGGGAUUUGCUACCUCCACCACGACUGUCAUCCAGUGAUCGUCCACCGCGAUCUCAAGCCGAGUAACAUCCUACUGGACGGCGAGAUGGAAGCCAGGGUAGCGGAUUUCGGGGUGGCGAAGCUGAUUCAAAGCGACGAGUCCAUGUCGGUGGUCGCGGGAUCUUACGGGUACAUUGCACCAGGUUCGUUCUGAUAUCCAGCGCAUGUUAGCAAAAUCGUAUCUUCUGCCUUUAAGCCUUGUUUGUUUGUUGGUUUAAUUUGUUCGUAUCUGAAACUGAAUUAAUUUAAUCUUUUAUU